AUGAAGUUGACGAAGCUAAUAGAGGGACCAUGGACAUACAAAUGCUAUUUAUUAAAUCCUCUUCAAAGGAUCGAAGUUCACAAGUCAUUCAGAAUCAUUGGUAAGUCCCCUGCUAUUCACAGUCUCUUGAGUCUAAACGUUAAAACAUAAAGAGUAGUGCUGCAAUGCUCUUCUUUCAGAUUAACGAACUAACGACAGCCCUAACCCACAAAAAACGCAUGCUCUCACUGAAGACAACUGGCCUGCAAUUUAGAACAAUUCGUUUAGCGUCACCAGAAAGGCGGUAUCCGAGCUUAUGCGCUGUCUGACAAAGUGGACUUACUGGCAAUAGUGUUAAACUGUUGCCGUCAGCAUCCUCACCUCUCACUGCUGAGUGGUAACUUGCGUCUUCCGACUGCGAGGCAAAAUCAAGACGAUAGGUGAUGGUUUUGGACGUACCGGUUGAUAAAGCUAGACAACACGUUCACGUUUGCCAAACCCAGGCUCUCGCGAAAUUGGCUUUACUGAGUGGGUGUCGAAUUCCACGUGAGUGAGAGUGCAAUGGAGCCACUGCUGUCUGACCCAUCAGUUGGCAGUCUUUCAAGCCACGAGUGCUAGCAUGUCAUGAUAGUUCCAAGAAAUGCUUUGUUGGUUUGGUGGAAGUUGGCGUUGGGCCCGAUGUCAUUCUAUCUACUGUCUCUCAUUUGCAUGGGCUCAAGUGCAACAAGCAUGAGAAUGGCUACCUUAAUCUUACGUUUAAUUCAUAGGAGGACCGAGAAGUCCCGUCGGCAAACAACCUUCAGAAGCAUGUCAUUAAGCAUUCCGUUGGGGAGGUUCACGCGUUGCAACACUGCGAUCUUGCAUCUGGAGCCGUCCUGGGCGACUGGGACGACUUUGCAGCAUUUCGAUAGGCGGUAUUCGUUAACGAUAAUUUUGAAGGGGUAUAAACCAAAACCAAGACCUGUCUUUGUAGAAUGUCCAAUCUGAAGAUAAACGACAAACUUGCUACCAUCUUAACAUAUAUAUAUAUAUAUAUAUAUAUGAGUAUGCACGCGGCGGAAAUACUAGCUUAUCCUAUCGAUGGAAAAAAAACGUUGAUUUCAUCCUCGGUCCAUUCACUGCCAGCUCAAUGACCAAUAGAGCAUUUGAAAACCCUAAAAUGAUUUUUGAAUUUGUGGGUUAAAUAUGCGGGAACAUUCUAAUACGUGAAGGACGUGUCAAAUCUGGUUAUUGCCAUCGCCUGAGGAGUAAUUACGUCCUGUAAAUGGAUUCUGGGAAUCAGAUGCCCUGACCAUUAAUGUUAUUUGGCCGACAGCUCGAAGUCUGUUAUUUCUGUUAUUCAACACGAUUUCCCUUCGUCUUAUUGCAUUUUCGUAUUAUAAGGAGAGUAAAAGUGAUUUGAGAUGUACAUAUUCCAAAAUGUUUACAGGUCAACUAGGUUCCAUAUGAGCAUAGGAUUGAGAUUUGCUUGAGGACAAUCCCGCAACUUCAUCUCAUCAGAGUAUUUUUACUUGCAAACAGGGCAGAAGCCUGGAUCAGUAGUUUUACUUUACCCGCCAUUAUGAGCUAGACAUACGCAAACACUGACGAGGAUUUAGAAUUGGCCCGAGAACCACUCUGGCAUUGUUGCUCUCGCUGGCAAAGUUUCUCAUUAACAGUUUUCUCUUUGAGAGUUCUGACUCGUAGUGUAAAUUCGAACCGUCUCGCACGUCCGGGCUCUGAUGAAUGUUCGAUAUUUUCACUCCAUGAUUUUAGCUUAGGAAACAAUGUCUUUAAGAGUCAAGAAGGUAUGCUUUAAAACUCAAAACUUCUACGCCCAAGUACUCCAGGUCAUGGUAGCCUUUAAGAUAUUGCAGCGGUCUUAAACAUCUCGGAAAAUCUCGAAUGGACUGUUUAUGCUGAAAUUACGCGGGUCGAAAAGUCAGUAGAUCUAACACGCCUACUCGCCACUGCAGUGUUACAUCUGUCUACUUUUUCAGUUGAGCUGAAACUAAUCAUCGAUCCAGACCAAGCGAUUAUGUAUAAGGGACAGCUGAAGAAGAUCAAAUGCAGCCUCUAUCCACCUGAGACGGGGGGCGCGUAUGAGGUCACCUGGAAACGGGUGGAUGGCUGCUUGUCACACUAUGUAAUCCCCAAUGACACCGCCACUCUCAUACCAAUGUCGGAUGUUGUGCCUUGCAGGGCCACCUAUAUGUGCAAAGCAAAGGCAGGACGGUCUGAACUGAGUAAACUUCACACCGUGGUCAUUGAAGGUAAGUUUCUUAUGCUGUGUUGCUGGGCAUGCUGUAUGGCGCCUUUACUUGUGCCGAAAUACGUGUGCUACGGUGAUCGUUAAACCCGACAUGCACAACGCCUGGCAAACGGACCAUCAGGAAUUUAGGGAAAUAAUUUUCUAAACUCACAGCCCUUUUGCCGGCUACUCAGAUUGGGGUGAGGAGAGGAGGUAAGCAGCUGUCACAAAUUCGAGGCUACUGUUUCUGCUUGUUCUUACAGCAAACAUUUUGGCUGUAGACUGUCGGCGCUUUCGACUGUCUAUCUUAACUGCUGCUCCAAUUAGUCCUCAAGUACUCAAAGACUGACACUGCUAUAUACGGCUUGCAGUCCAACAGUUUACCAGUUUUCAUUUCAUGUCGACCACGGGGUCGAAAUGAGCACACUCUGUCACAGUAGUUUGUUGGCGGACAUAGUAAAAUAGUCGGGAGAAAUUUGUUCAACUUGUGAAAGACUCUGCGAAGGGAAAGUUUAUCAGUAAACCCGUGCGAGCGAUGGUAUGCCAAAACAUUUAAAGCUCAAAAUAACCAAACCCAGCGUCGCUAUUACAGCCACCAUUACCAUUAAGCGCCUUUGUCAUCCCACGGUUGUCAUCAUCCUCAUCAUCAUCAUCAUCAUCAUCAUCAUCAUCAUCAUCAUCAUCAUCAUCAUCAUCAUCAUCAUCAUCAUCAUCAUCAUCAUCAUCAUCAUCAUCAUCAUCCUUAAAAAUGCCAGUAAAACCUAAAAAGAGUCCCAUCAUAGUCCCAAGAAUUUAUUAGUUUUUACAUUUACUUGACUAAUUUAAUUACCUUGAGGAAAAGGGUCACGGCGACCUAGAAGUCGAACGAUCACACUGUCAAAACCUUGACUCAUUAUUUCGUACUUGAGACAUUUCGUACUCCCUACCAGGCUGGCUUCUAGUCAAUGUUGAUGUGUGUUUUUCCUCUUCCAGGUGAAAGACUAGCUUUCGUAGUCGCAACCAGCUUCGUGACGUACGAGACAAUAGCGGUUGACGUCCGCUGUCUUGUAGUACCACCAAAUAGAACGACCAACUUAACACGAUGGAGCUUCACUCCACCACUCUCAAGUUACCCUUACUAUGAAGUAAGCAUAAUUUCUAUUCGCAUCUAUGAGGUAACUGAAAGAUACCACAAACACCACCGUGUUCAUACAGUAGAACAGGCAUUCAGUAACCAAAGGACAGAAUCAGAGAGUUCCGUUUGCCUUAGGGUCGGACUCGCGUACUAAUGCCAAGAAAGUAGGCAGAAUGCAUACUUUUCACCACCAGCCAGUUAAGUAACGAUCAAAAGCGACGAACACCAGACAUAUGAACAGAGGUCCUAUUGUUCAGUUGGCUUAAUGCACAAGAGAUAUCUUACUACCCCAUAUCUACCCACGGUGACCAGGAAUGUCUCAUGCCGCAAUGAACUGGAAUUCACCGGUCUGGUGUGAAUGUGGGUUUGAAUAAGGCGUUGUCUUUUUAACUGCAAUACGCUGCGACACCUUUAAGGUAGCGAAUAGUGCGCGUGGAGGUGUCCUCUGUGCAUUCUCUACAGGAUGCGACAGAAACAUGAUAAUUUACCUUGUAAUUCCCUAUGGAUGACUAGUCGAAGUGCAAUGGGUCAACAACACGAAGAUCGUCAAAACAAAAGGCAGGAAAGUUAGAUUAGAUUGGAUGGGUUCUACUGAGUCUAGAGAGCGCAGAAGCGGCUUUACUGCAUCGGUUAAUUGGCCAAUGCGUGCGGGUUUGCAGUCACCCGGUUCAACGAUUUCACAUAAAAACAAAGGAAACAGAAGAGUUUUGCCUGGGGCUAUGAGUUCUGUCGUUUGAGUAAUUAGUUCUGUUGAGUGUGCCGUGAGCUGAACGGGUGGUCUGACAAGGAUGGUUUACAGUAUGACUCCGAACCCAGCGCAGAAUUUGAGAAUUCUAUGGCGAUAGAUCGGCUGACAGUCAUUACAAUGUGUGACUGAAGUCCCGGUUCGAAAGUGAAUUUAGAAAACACCAUAACGAGAGGUUUAAUUUGUACAAAAUCUGAGUUGAUAUUUUGCGAAGCGGUUGCCAGUUGUAAGGCCAAAGCGGUGGCUAACCUUCCUCCUGAAAGGCACUCACGGUUACAUAUCUGAGGGUGGCACGAAGUUAAUGGAGGUUUUUUGAAAAACAUAUGACAGAUUGGGCCAAUAACUGUGAAGGUUUUUUGUCAGAUAUAACACCCAACCAGGGGCCCCGCUGCACAGAAAAUGCGAUCGUCCGGAUUAAUGUGCACUCCAGCUUACAUAGAUGGUAUCUGAUUUCGCAGGAAAAUUCCCUUGUUGUUUGAUCACUGAGCUUUCUCUUUCAGUCAUGGACGAUUCAUGAAACAGUGCGCAGCUCAAAGACAAACUGAUCAGAGUCAGUGGUUUGAAUGCCUUGAUUGAUUUAUGUUGUUAGCUUCGACCGAUCGGCUAAUUGCAAGCCCAAAUGUUGUUUGUGGGGUAGGCCUCAGCAGCCUUCACUGCUGGGCCGUAUGCGACUUUAGUAACCAGAGUGUGUUCCGCAUUGUAGCGUUACGAACUCUCGUUACCUGAAUGGCAACCGCUUCCGGUGAACUACAAAGGAUAGCUGGCAUUGGAGGGACGCUUGGAGGAGGUUGAAUUGGAUCCGAAGCGAUGAUUAGCGUCCGCCUGAGCGAUGUCAACGGCCGGAAAUUACGGUUAGACUGGGUCCGAUAGCAUAAAAUGGCAGACCACGCUGAUCCCACAAUAGCUCCUAGUUUAUGUGCGGCCGAUAUAAUAAUAAUAGCAAUCUCCAUUAUAGGCAGGCUGGCUCGUGUUUCCUGACCUGACGUGAAGUGCGAACGAAAAUAAAUAAACACAGGGAAUCCCUACGAAUUCGGCCUUAUGUUCCCUUUAGAUUGUUCCACUGAUAGCGUGCCGAGGUUAAGAAGGAUACACUGCCACACAUGAACUAUGUUCUGAAUUGUUUUCCAUGAGCGCAUCUUAAGGUGACGGCUAAAUCGUCAGAAGGGACCACAACAAGUCAUUUGCGCUUGCUUACUCGUUGACACAUACGCUUAAACAAUGUGG